AGACGUACAUGCGUUGCCAAUCACCCAUAAGGGUUUAUGAGCCCUCUCUUCUCUAGUCUCUUCCUUGUCUUCUUUCAAAGGUUUUGGUACUACAAACAUAAAUCUGCCCCCUUCUUCUUGUUCUUCCUCUAAAGGUUCCACAACUCUUUCUAAGAGAAACCUGCUUCUAUCUCGGACCCUUGGAAUAGAAAAAAUGGUAUCCCAAAGGCAAAAACUAGCUCGGAAGAAAUUCAAAGAGGAAAACCCAGGAUUGUUUCCCAAAGCAGAACCUACUCCUCCAAAAAACCCUAAUUCCAAAAAGAAAAAGAAGAAGAGUAAGUUUAAACCAAAUAAAAAAGAUGGACCAGAUAGUAAAGGAGUAAAAACCAAUAAGACAAGCUUCAGAAAACACCCGCUUAGAGUCCCUGGAAUGAAACCAGGUGAAAGCUGUUACAUCUGCAAAGGUGUAAAUCAUAUUGCCAAAAAUUGCCCUGAAAAAGAUCAGUGGGAGAAGAACAAGAUUUGCUUGCUUUGCCGUCACCGUGGGCAUAGUUUGAAGAACUGUCCAGACAAGAUAGACGAAACUGUAGACAGCAAGUUUUGUUAUAAUUGUGGAGUAGCUGGACAUCCACUUUCCAGAUGCCCUCAACCUCUUCAAGAUGGUGGUACAAAAUUUGCUAGUUGCUUUAUAUGCAACGAGCGUGGGCAUUUGAGUAAAAACUGCCCCAAAAAUACACAUGGAAUCUAUCCUAAGGGUGGUUCCUGUAAAAUAUGUGGUGGAAUAACACAUCUGGCUAAAGAUUGUCCUAACAAAAGGAACUUGUCAUCAAAUGCUAGCGGCGGAGUGGGAAGCAUCCGUGCUGCAAACGAGUACGAAGGAAAACCAAGAGUGACCAAGAUCGUCAGUGGAGAUGAUCUCGAAGAUGAUUUUAUGAUGGAGGAAGCUGAUGAAGGCAAUAAAAGUACUUCUAUGAGCACCAAGUUUGCUUCUUUAGGAGUCCAAAAUGAAAAGUACGCUGCUGUAAAACCAAAGAAACAAGGUCCCAAAGUAGUUAAUUUUUUUGGUUAAGAGUGUGCCUUUAUCUUUGAUAACUGCUUCUACUUGAUUUUUGUUGUUGGAAGAUUAUAAGUUACACAUACUUCUAUUGUGUUGGUUCUUAUAACGAAACUGCACAUUGGAGAAUUUUGCAACAGGAAAACUCUUUUUCUUUACUUAA